AUGAUGAGUUCGCUCAGAUCCCCCAAACCAGUGAUUUUCAUCGGUGCCGCUGGCGAAAUGUGCCGGUUGGCCGUCGAGCGUUUCGCCAAGGCAAGUGACCAUGCCCUGAUUCUCACGGAUAUCAACCUCUCCACGCUCGAGACGACCGUCGCCAAACUCAAUCUUCCACCUUCCCGCAUCUCUACGAAGCAGUUGGAUCUCUUUGACCGUGCCGCCCUGCUCGAAGCAAUCAAGGGUGCCGCACUGGUUGUGCUUGGUGCUGGGCCUUAUAUGCGCACUUCAGAACCCGUCCUUACCGCGUGCCUGGAAGCCAAGGUGCCUUACCUUGAUUUUGAUGACGAUGUGGAUAGCACUCAAGCCGCCCUUGCCCUCCAUGAGCGUGCAAAGACCAAAGGGGUGCCGUGCUACAUCGGAUGCGGGGUUUCCCCAGGCAUGUCCAACGUGAUGGUGCUUGAUGUCACUGCGGAGCUCGAUACCGUCGACGCAAUCGACAUUUGCUGGAGUGUCAGCGACGGAAAGGGCAAAACCGGCAAGGCGGUCUUGGAACACUUGAUGCAUAUUGCUGCUGGCCCCUGCCUCACAUGGGCAAACGGCAAGCCGACAAUGAACGAGUCAUGGGUUGAAACGACUUACGCGCCAAUGCUGGGCGGCGAAGGAGAAAUACUCCUCCACGAGACUGCGCAUCCGGAGCCAGUCACCUUUCCACGCCUCUUUCCCAACGCUCGACGAAUCCGUUGUGUUGGUAGCCUGGAUCCUGCCCCGCUUAACGGGAUCGCCAGGGGUCUCGGCCGCGCCGUCCGCCGCAAUGCCUUGACCAUGAGCGACGCUGUCGAUUUCCUGUUUCAUCUGGCCAACGACGAGUCCUCCCUGGCAGGAAUGGGUGAGGCAUUUGGUGAAAUGGCCGCACAGUUCCGCGGCGGUGACGUCACGAUCAAGGAGCUAUUCCAACUGGUCGCUCACGCGAAUCGCAAGCUCAGCCCCUUACGGUACGCUCUGUGGGGAAUGGUCGAGCAGAUUUGGACAGGGGAAUGUACGGCAGGGGAGAUCCUUAGCUUCCUCGUCGACACAGCUCGGGGCAAGGUGGUGGCAAAUGGGACCGGCUUGCUUGUUCGAGCUGUUGGCACACGCAAUGGUCUUCCUGUCUCGAUCACCAAGCGUACACCCAAAGCAGACGAGAACGCGUCUCUAAGCAAAACUAUGGGUACUGCGACGGGAACGGCAUGUGCAGCCUUCAUGGUCAUGGCAAUUGAGGAUGGUCUCGAGCGUAAUGGCGUCUUUUGUCCGGAAGAUUGGGCUACCCCGGUCAGAUUUUACGAGGCCUUGGAACGUGUUGGCAUCCCCAAGAAUGAAAUCAUAGAGAAAGUCUAG